GGUUUGAAAUCUAUUAAUCCAAAUAUUUAAUUCUCAUGGAAGAAAUUGGCAUCACGAUCAAGACUGAGGACACGAUUCCCGUCAUUACGACAAGCGAACUGCUUGAAGACUUGACUGAAGAAGAUUUAUAUUCAAAACUUAAAAAACUUCAGAGACACCUCGAGUUUUUAGAAUUACAAGAAGAGUACAUAAAAGAUGAACAAAAGAAUUUAAAACGUGAAUUGAUCAGGGCUCAAGAAGAAGUCAAAAGGAUCCAGUCUGUACCAUUAGUGAUUGGACAAUUCUUGGAACCAAUCGAUCAACACACAGGAAUUGUAGGUUCUACGACGGGAUCUAACUAUGUUGUUCGAAUUCUCAGUACAAUCGAUCGUGAACUGCUAAAACCGUCCUCUUCAGUAGCGCUUCAUCGUCAUUCAAAUUCAUUAGUUGAUGUAUUGCCUCCAGAAGCUGACAGUAGUAUUGCCAUGCUUGGAUCAGAUGAAAAGCCUGAUGUAACUUAUUCAGAUGUUGGUGGGCUCGACAUUCAAAAGCAAGAAAUUCGAGAGGCAGUAGAAUUGCCAUUGACACAUUUUGAUUUGUAUAGACAAAUUGGGAUUGACCCUCCAAGAGGUGUCUUGUUAUAUGGUCCACCAGGAACUGGCAAAACUAUGCUUGUCAAAGCUGUUGCUCACCAUACCACCGCUUCUUUUAUUCGAGUGGUUGGUUCAGAGUUUGUUCAAAAAUAUUUAGGCGAGGGUCCUCGUAUGGUUCGCGAUGUGUUUCGAUUAGCUCGUGAAAAUUCACCAUCCAUUAUUUUCAUUGAUGAGAUUGAUGCAAUUGCUACCAAACGAUUUGAUGCACAAACCGGUGCAGACCGUGAAGUACAAAGAAUUCUUUUGGAAUUAUUGAAUCAAAUGGAUGGGUUUGAUCAAACAUCAAAUGUGAAGGUCAUUAUGGCCACAAAUCGAGCCGAUACAUUGGAUCCUGCUUUGCUGAGACCUGGGCGUCUUGAUCGAAAGAUUGAAUUCCCUACUCCUGACCGACGUCAAAAACGGUUAAUAUUUUCUACAAUCACCUCUAAUAUGAAUCUCUCUGAAGAAGUUGAUCUCGAAGAUUUCAUAUCUCGGCCAGAUAAGCUUAGCGGUGCCGAAAUUCACGCUAUUUGCCAGGAGGCUGGUAUGCAAGCUGUCCGAAAGAAUCGUUAUGUUAUUCUUAAUAAAGAUAUAGAAAAGGGAUAUAAAGCCAAUGUUAAGAAAGCUGAUACAGAUUUUGAAUUUUACAAAUAAAGCAAUUCCAGCAUUACAAAUAACCGGGUCAAUGCAUUUAAUAUUUGUCAUAGUUUAUAGUUUAUUUCAAUUCUGUGAAACUAGACUUCUUUCAAGGUAUAAUUAUAUUGUAUUAGAAUUGCUUUUCUGGUUUUGGUUAGUGUAUAAUUUCUAAGAUAUAAUUUAAAGAUUUUACAGUAAGAAAUAUAUUAUUUUCUUUUUUUUAAGAAAAAAAAAUUCUCUUCUUAAUUAAUUCAUAACAACUAGGAAAUUCUUAACCCGUUUGUUGUAUUAUCAUGUGCAUAAUAGAAAAAUGGUAAAUACAAUGGACCUGCGUAAAUGG